UUGUCCUACAUUCUCUCUCUUUAUGCUGAUUAAAAAGAUGCCAAAGCCACCUUCGUUUUCUAACUAAAAAACUUUUUUUUAAAAAAACAAUAGACAGGAAAUUGCUGGGAAUAUUCGGAAACAUGAAAUCUUCAUCACGAGAUAUCUUCUUAUCACGUCGCUUAUAAAAACCUCUUUCUCAAAAAUCUACCGUCCAACAUACAAGAUCUUAGCGUUUUGUGGCGAGAGGAAGUAAUUACUCGUACCUUUCAUUUUCAGGUGAUUUUUUCAGGCAGUUGAAGCUCAAAUGAUACAAGGACUAUAAUUUUUCAUUUGGAUAUGACGGGAGGUGAUCAAUCUUGCAAGACUAGAGGUGGUAAUAUCCCACCACCACCUGUUGAAAGCAGCACUCAUUCCCAAUUCGCGGAAGAUUUUAGCUCCUACGAGGAUGCUUGUAAGCUAGAUCCAUGCUUGCAAUCCUUUGAUGCCACCCUCAUGGAGAAGACUAACCAUGUCAUAAACUCACUUAGCACUGGUGAUAUUGCCACGGGAUCCUCAGGCUCAUUCAAAGCGGUCACUAAUUGCCUUCUUGAAAUGAACCAAGAUGUGGUUAAAUUCAUACUAGAAAGCAAAGAAGAUAUCUGGAAUAAUCCAGAAUUGGUUGCUUUGGUUGAUGAAUACUUCAAGAGUAGCAUCAAAACAAUGGAUUUCUGCACUGAACUAGAAAGUUGUGUUACAAGUGCUCGAACUAGCCAGUUGAAUAUAAUGGCUGCCAUUGCGCAUUUUGAGAAGGAAGUGGAAUUGCAAGAUGGGGUGAUUGAGAAGAAGUACGUCAAGACAUUAGAAGAAUUACAGAAUUUUAUGGUUGCAGGGGAUCCAUUUACCCCCAAAUUCUUUAUGCUGUUUCAAUCGGUUUAUGAACAGCAGGUCUCCAUGUUGAAGAAAUUGCAAUCUCAUAAGAGGAAGCUUGAUAAGAAACUGAAAUCCGUGAAGAUCUGGAGGAGAGUGUCGAAUGCUUUAUUUGUGUCCGUUUUCGUCACCGUGAUGAUUUUUGCAGUUGCAGCAGCUGCCAUUGCUGCACCACCUGUUGUAACUGCUUUGGCCAGUGCUCUGGCUGACCCAAUGCGCUCGGUGGGAACGUGGUGUAACUUGCUUUGGCAUCGGUAUGAGAACGCGUUGAAGGAGCAGAAGGUGUUGGUGAACGCAAUUCAGGUUGGAACUUUCAUUACAAUCAAGGACAUGGAGAGUAUUCGGGUGCUUGUCAACAAAUUGGAAAUUGAAAUCAAGUCCCUCUUGCACCAUGCUGACUUUGCUAUCAGAGAAGAAGAUGUUGUGAAACUUGUGAUAGAUGAGCUCAAGAAGAAGAUGGCAGUGUUCAUGGAAACUUUUGAGGAUUUAGCUGCCCAAGCUCAUAGGUGUAACCGUGACAUAAUCCGAGGAAGGACUAUGAUUUCACAGAGGAUAAUCGAACUUGCUGGCAAGUGA